AUGUAUUUAGUCAUCCAAGAGCUACAUAUUUACAACAAUGAUGGCAUGGCAGUAAAAGAAGCAUCAGCAUCAGCGACAGAAGAAAAGAAUUAUUCACGAUUAAUGUUUUUAAACCAUCAAGCGUUGGAAACACGUAACAACAUAACAACUAUGAGCGAAUUAAAUUUUCCUAUCAACAAAAUUGAUUCAACAGCAAAUUUCAAAGGAAUAGCUUCUUCAAAAACAUAUUCGGCAAACCCUUUUCAGCUUUCAACAAAAGCACAACCAACCCCACAUUUGAGACCACAGAAAGAAAAGAAAAGUUUUCGUUUUCUUCUUUUCAACAUGAAGGAAAAGAAAGUUUUUGUUCUGAUUUCUUUCUUUCAUUCCAUUCAUCACAAACAUAAUCCCGUUACAACCACUUACACAACCAAGCUGUUUAAUGUGAGCAAUCAUCUCUUCAACCACCAUUACAGAACACGCCACAGCAAGCCCAAACAAAAGGAAAACGUUAAAAUUAUUCUUCUGUAGUAAAUAUAAAAGUGAGAAAACAAGAAAUUAUAUAAAUAAAUAACUGAUAUAAAAACACAAAAAAAAAGCAAAAUAACCAAAUGGAAUAUAUUGAAAAAGAGUGC